AAACAGUUUCAGUAACCGCGGUGUGACUGACGACCGCCUCCUGCGCUUGCACUUCUUGCGCAUCAGCUCGCAUAGCCGAUCGAUAUCCCGAUCUAAUAUUCCACUCUGAACAUUAUAAAUUAAAACACCAAGUGCUGUGUCAAAUACGAAUCAUAGCUUAAUUUGGACCAAAAAUUUCCAACAAAAUACUUGUUCCGAUCAAAAGGGGUGUAGUAUAUUUGUUCAGGUGUGCCCUGACUUGGUGUAGAGCGAUCUGUAUCUAAUUGCACAAUUGGUUCAUCACCCUGGACGAAGCUGCUUCAUACUCUAGUGCAGUGGUGGACUCGUCUUGGUCACUCGCGGCUGCGUACAUAAUAUUACCAGUUCGAACGUAACGUCUAACAAUGCUUAUCAGCAACAUUGUAUGUCGGUGAAGUUUCCUAUAGCGUCGUGACGUUUUAACAUUAUUUAACAGUUGUGUACAUCUUUAUGAUAGUUUUAUGACUCAUAAGUGUGGUUAAACGUGAUCACAAUCAAAUAUUAUGAAGCCAUAUGGAUUUAUUAUUGUCCUGGUGUCGCUCAUGUUCUUCAAUACAUCCAGAGCACAAUGUGGGGUUGAUCAAACGGUAACAUUCAUCCGGUGGGCGGGGGUGGCUCCGGAGAGCGCUACUCCAGUAUUUGUGUACUCGGCGAGUGGUGACGAAGAGUCACUAGCAGGUGCCUGCCUAGCAAGAUGUCGUGAAUUGCAGGACUGUGGGGCUGUCAUUGUUGCCUAUGAUAGGGGCAACUGCCAGGGCGUAGCAGGUGAAUCCUCAGCAAGACUUAAGACGGACAAUGAUGUCGCAAUGUUCAAGAAAGUUUGCUUGUCACUGCCAGAAGACUGCAAUGGACGUUGGUGGGCGCUGGAAAACACUCCUGGCUACCAUAUGAAUUCCGAAGGGUCCAAUCUAAGGGUCGUUUACAACACCACCAUUUACGAGUGCUACGAUGCUGUGUUCUUAAGGGAUGAAACGUUUCGGUCUGCACAAUGGGUCGUACCUCAGAGCGACUUCGAUCCCGACCUGAUGUAUACUUCAGACUCCAUGAUUGGCAACUGUCUUUUGAACAGAGAGAAUAGAUUCACUGAGCCGGAGUCUUAUCGAGUGUCCAACUACUACACCGUUUAUAUAGAAAACCAGUGCUUUCAUGACUAUCCAAAGAAGAUAGAUCGAUGUUCUUAUGAAGAGUACUACAACCAAACGCUGAGACAUGUGGAAUUUACUAUCAAAAACUACACAAAAGACGAAUGUAAAACGUUAUGCGAGCAAGCCGAAAGUUUCAUCUGCCGUGGGUUCACGUGGAUAUCGGAGGAGUAUGUGAAUUCUGGCGGUGGGCGCGGGCUAUGCGACCUGCAUAGUGAAGACCUCAUCACGACCGGUUCCUGGCUGCUCAGGAGGAUCUCUGCUGCCACUUAUUAUAGGAGAGUCGUUUGUCUUAACAUCACAGUGGAAUGCGAGGAAGAUCAGAUGCUAGUGACGUAUUCUCCGCGCGGAAUGUUCCGCGGGCGCGUUUACGUGCCGGGGCGCGGAGAGCAAUGUGCCGCGCGGGGGACUGGCUCCACCGUGCGGUUGACGUUGCCUAUGCACGGAGAUUGUGACGUCAACUUUGCUUACGGCAUCUCUAAUGGACCUGACGGAGUUAUCAAUAGGACAAUGGCGUACGUGAUGGUGAUGAUACAAAACAACCCGAUCAUACAGACGGCCGGGGACCGCUGGGUGCGCGUGGGAUGCUCGCCCGAAGCGAGAGACGCUAAACAUGUCGAUGCCACUGUCGCUGUCAGUGAUAUCGGUGGGUUCAAAAAGCCGACACAAUCAAGUGAGACCGAGUCCCCUAACCUGGUGUCGCCGGCAGCAGCGAGCGCGGUGUACGGCAUCAGCACCACGCCCGUGUCCAUGUACGUGGUGCGAGUGGUCGACGACAGCGGGGCUGGCGCAGUCUCGCUAGGCGAACCUCUCGAACUGAGGAUUGAGACCCCUGAUGCCUCAGAGAUUAAAGCGUAUCAUCUGGUUGCUUCUUCCAGACUUGGAGAUAGUUCGGUAUUGUUGCUGGAUGGUAAAGGAUGUCCUACUGGACAGGUGGAUUUCCCGCCAUUCACUCGUACAUCAGUGGGCGGCACACAGCGUCUAUCGGCGCGGUUCAAGGCGUUCCGCUUCCCCACAUCACACGUCGUCCGGUUCGCUGUCAUGGUCCGGUUUUGUGACGACACCUGUAUUCCGGUAAAAUGCAAACCCAAAAGACCGACAGGGAACCGUAGCGCUCGACAAACAAACUCUACGUUCUACGAGUGGGGUGACGAGACGCCCGCGUCCGUCCGCGCGGAGGGGCCGGGCGACGGCGCGGAAGGUCCGGGCGACGGCGCGGAAGGUCCGGGCAUCCGCGUGCAGGAGCGGAUGAGGCCCGGCGUGGUGGCACUAGGCAGCAAAGCGGCUUGCGGCCAGCUUGCCGAAGACGCUGUCGAGCUAGAACUGGACUUACUCGUCGAUUCUAAGGACAUUCUGUCUACUGAUACACUAGUUCGAGCUGAUCACCGGUCUAAUAUACCUGAGGAGAGCAAUCUUGCCGAUGGUUCCUUGAUAUGCGUUCACGAGCUGCUUCUAGUGUCGUUGGCGCUGGCCUGGCUCGCCGUGCAAAUAAUAUUACUGCUGGGAUGCUGUGUACUUGUUAAAAGGUAUCGAAACUUGGCAGAAAUGAAUAUGCAGAAAGAAUACACGUCAUUCGAUAACGUGGGUUUUGAAACUGUAUCGUCACACCGGCGCGUCCACUGGCCGGAUCAAAACAUCGAUAUAAUACAUACCACUUAGUGGCAACACUAGUCUACCUAUAUGUCAAGUUUAUGCACAGCACAGAGUCGAAAAUAUUCCUAAGCUAGAGCACGUUCUAACUUCAAUAUGUGUAAGUUUUAACCAGUGUCUCGGCUUUAUCGUGACAUUGGACAUUUCUAAUCGAUGGUAAUUUCACAUGUAGUUAAAAAACGUACAGACGCUAGCACAUCGAGCUACUUCGAUCUGUCAAACUUCUUUAAUUGAUUUUCAACUGUAUCUCUAC